AUAAAAGCGCAACGGCACCCAGCGAUCUAGGCCGCCGCCCCCUAGCUUCCCCCUUCUUCGCUCUCGCCGCCUCGUUCGCUCCGCCUACGCUCCCGAGCCGACCCGAGCAGAGCUCGAAGCGACCCGCUCGGAUCCGGAGGAGGAGAUGGCGGACGCGAAGCAGCAGCCACAGCCGCAGCAGGCGGCGGCGGCUACCGGCGUCUGGAAGACCAUCAAGCCCUUCGUCAACGGCGGCGCCUCCGGGAUGCUCGCCACCUGCGUCAUCCAGCCCAUCGACAUGGUCAAGGUGAGGAUCCAGUUGGGCGAGGGCUCUGCUGGUCAGGUCACGAAGAACAUGCUUGCUAAUGAGGGGGUCCGUUCCUUCUACAAGGGUUUGUCCGCCGGUUUACUAAGGCAAGCGACUUAUACGACUGCUCGUCUUGGAUCCUUCAGGGUUCUAACUAAUAAAGCAGUUGAAAAAAAUGAGGGGAAGCCGUUGCCACUAAUUCAGAAAGCUUUUAUUGGUCUGACUGCUGGAGCAAUUGGUGCUUGUUUUGGUAGUCCUGCUGAUUUGGCACUCAUUAGAAUGCAAGCUGAUUCAACCUUGCCAGCCGCACAAAGGCGUCACUACAAGAAUGCUUUCCAUGCACUCUACCGUAUUACUGCUGAUGAGGGAGUCCUUGCACUUUGGAAGGGUGCAGGCCCAACUGUGGUGAGAGCUAUGGCACUGAAUAUGGGUAUGCUUGCUUCCUAUGACCAGAGUGUUGAGCUAUUUAGAGACAAAUUUGGCGCAGGAGAAAUUUCUACCGUAAUUGGAGCCAGUGCUGUUUCUGGAUUCUUUGCCUCGGCAUGCAGUCUUCCCUUUGACUAUGUGAAGACACAGAUUCAGAAGAUGCAACCUGAUGCCAAUGGCAAGUACCCGUACACAGGGUCUUUGGACUGUGCCAUGAAGACCUUCAAGAGUGGCGGCCCAUUCAAGUUCUACACUGGCUUUCCGGUAUACUGUGUCAGGAUUGCGCCCCAUGUCAUGAUGACAUGGAUAUUCUUGAAUCAGAUCCAGAAGUUUCAGAAGAAGAUCGGCAUAUAAGACCUCCAACAUGUGGAAAAUGGGGUUGAUUGCUCGAUGCUAUUAUUGCUCGACUCAUAUAAUAACUUUCCAGCUGCUUUGACAUUCUGGUAGUUGGUUUUGGUAGACAAGUCUGGAACAAUUUUUACCUUAGCUUACAUGUCGCGUUUCGUUACAAUAAUCACAUCAUUUGUUGUAUUGGGGCAAUUUUUUGGGUGGACAUACUUUUGUUGGCUGGGACGCAGCCAUGAGAAGAGGGGAUACCACCUAGUGCCAUUGAAUGUAACAUGACCAUAUUUUAUACAGAUUUUUGCAAUGAGCCUUUCGUACUCGUA